UCAGUGGGAACGGUCGUGUGCUAAGAGCAAUCGUUUGUCAUUCAGAUCUGCCAGACGCGACUAUAGGAGAAAAUCACCGUUACUUACCUAUAUCUGAAGAUCUAACACCGGCAAGUGGGAUUUACCUUAGAUAUAUUUAUUACUUGUUUUACCUGUAACUUUUGACAAUGCCUACGGAAGAAGUAGACCCAGGCUGUGUGAAGUGUGUGAUCGUUGGAGACGAGGGUGUCGGGAAGACCUGCAUGGCACUCAGUUACGCCAACAGAGAAUUCCCGGAGGAAACAGAAUCUACCAUUUUCGACACAUAUGCCGUUGACCUGACGGUUGAUGACGAACCCUGGACACUGGGCAUGUUUGAUACUGCGGGCCAGGAGCCCUACGAAUCUCUCCGUGCGUUUGCCUACGCUCAGUGUGAGGUAUUCAUCAUCUGCUUCUCGGUGGUAAAACCCGAUUCCCUUGAGAAUGUGGAAACAGUGUGGAUGCCGGAGAUAAAACAUUACAACAAGAAGAGGAAGCCCGUUAUACUGGUCGGAACUCAGACAGAUCUGCGGGAAGCAGACCAUAUUCCCCGAGAUACCAUCAUAUCCCAGAAGGAAGCGGAAAAGAUGGCCGAAUUACUGGGAGCAAGCUGCUACUUGGAAUGUUCGGCGUUAUCUAGAGAUGGACUUCAGCAUAUUUUCAAUGAAACUCUUUUAUCGGCCAUUGAUGUUCGUCGAAAGAAGAAACAUAACCGACUUAGAGUGUUUGUCAAGAGACUAUCAGAUACGCUGAAGCGUAAGAAGACCAAAGGAUGAGAGGACCUGCCCAAGAUCAGUGAUCUCAACAAAAGCUAAUCCCUCUGCGGAUGCACACAGUGGUGCAAAGUGCAAGGGCGCCAGAAUUGCCGCGCACUUAUUCCCAUCUCCUGGGCGCUGACCUGUCACAUCGGGAACCCCCGUCCCUGUCACUCAGUCACCCCCAUCACUCUGUUGUCCGACAAACGAAAUGGUGUCUUAACCGGAUGUUCCACCACAGCGUCGUUGACAGAAUCUCAGUCGCCAUUUUGAUGUGCUGGUUUUCAAGCAGCAAUGACCCUUCCCUGUGUGACCCCUCAUCUAUGACCCCAGUUCAUCACGUGACCCACCGUAGGUUUUUCACAGAGCCCCGCUGGACCGGGAACACGUAUAACGAUGACAGCAUUUGUAACUGUUCAUGUACUGAACUGUUAAAUACUUUUAAUUGCCGCUGGACGGCAGUUAAAUUAUUUAUAUAUGGCAAGUUGUCGAUCUCUUAGAACACGAGAUUAUAUAUUAGUCACUUGGCAUAACUGUACUUAUGCCUCAUGUAUUGCCAGUAUUUGUUUAAACGUUGUUUUAAUUUAUUUCACAAUUUGAUGAAAGUAAUAUCUGUACUAAAUAUUUCUUAUAAGAAAGUGUAUGUACUAAACGAUGUAAGUUGUUUCACGUGGUUGAUCAGUUAGUACUUCUCCUGUUUGUUUUUUUUAUAAACUCAGAUGUUGAGGAUUGACAUAUAAAAAGACCCACUCAAUUCAUUAUGGUCUAAAGCCUAGUCAUUUGCUUUCUUGCCAAAAAAAACAUACUUGUUAAAAAACGCCACAAAUACGUCAGCCUGAAAGCUCUCCUGUACACCAAUUUUCGUUUUCGUUGUGAUGAUGUCAUGUGUAUACAUUUUGGGGACAAACGGCAAUCAUUUACACACACUUUAAGGCUCAGACCCGACUUGGACCACGUUGAUCCAAUCGGGGUCAGCUUCAGCCAGUGAGCACACAUCGCUGUUUGAUAUGUCCAUUGCAGGAGGGCUUAACUCAGUGCUUAUAGGUCGCCUCAGGCCAGUCUGGCAACAUACCAGUCCAACAUGAAAGAGAUUUUUUCUGCUUUCGAGUUGGCUUGCGUUAAAGUCAACAGAUUUUCAUCGAGAAUUCUC